CCCUCUACACCGGCAAUAGCAGUUGUGUCCCCUUAUUGCAACAGCUGAUGGUUGGUUUCUAAGGAAGAUGAACGUCUCAAAAGCGAAAUAUGUUAUAAUCGGAGGAGGCAUUGCUGGUGUGACCUGUGCUGAGACGCUUUCGUGGUUAUGUCCAGAAGAAACCAUUAUUCUUUUGUCUGCAUCGAGUCUAGUGAAAGCUGUUACAAAUUUCAAUCAGAUUACAAAGACUCUAGAAGUCUUUGAUGUAGAAGAAAAGUCUUUUGCUGAAAUUGAAACGGUCAAUAAGAACAUUGUGAUAUUACAUAAAGAAGUCGUAUCUUUGGAUUCAGUGGAACAGAACAUUAAAACUGCUGAUGGAAGUGAGAUUUCAUAUGAGAAACUGUGUAUUUGUACAGGUGGUAAACCAAAGGUAAUUGCAGACAGUCCUUAUGUUCUUGGAAUCAGAGAUACGGAAAGUGUUCAAACUUUCCAAGAAAAGCUUUCUUCAGCCAGGAGGGUCAUAAUUAUUGGAAACGGUGGAAUCGCUACAGAACUGGUAUAUGAGAUUGAAGGGUGUUCAGUGAUUUGGGCAAUCAAGGACAAAUCAAUCAGCAGCACUUUUGUGGAUGCUGGGGCUGGGGAAUUCUUCCUGAAGAAACUAAACAAGAAGAAAGAACAAAAGAAACCAAUUCUGAAGAGAAUGAAAUACAACAUCAACGCUACAGACAAAACUUCAAGGUCUGUUGUGGGUGGAGCCUUAGGACCAGACUGGUCAAGCGAUUUAGUCAUGUCAGGAAUCCAAACAAUCUCCCACAAUGUCCACGUAGAAUUUCAAGUAGAAGUGGAAAAAAUUUUAUCUUCUGAUGAAUUCAAACAAUCUGGAAAACAAGAGACUUGCUCUCCUUUUGAAGAUAAAGACAGCGUGACAACAACUGAUUGGCCGAUCUAUGUGCUUCUAAAAAAUGGUAAAGUCUAUGGCUGUGAUUUUGUUGUGAGUGCCACAGGUGUGGUACCAAACACAGAACUUCUUCUUCAGGGUAUCUCUUUUGACCGUAGUGAAGAUGGUGGAAUUAAAGUCAAUUCAAAGAUGCUGACUUCGGUACCAAAUGUCUUUGCUGCUGGAGAUGUCUGUAGUCCAUCUUGGAAACUUUCUGAACAUUGGUUCCAGAUGCGUCUUUGGACCCAAGCAAGGCAGAUGGGGGCCUAUGCUGCUAAAAGCAUGGUUGCCAGUGGAAACCAGGAAGAUAUAGAAAUGGAUUUUUGUUUCGAGUUGUUUUCACACGUCACUAAAUUUUUCAAUUCCAAGGUUAUCCUGCUUGGCAAAUUCAAUGCCCAAGGGCUUGGUAAUGAUUAUGAACUUCUUCUAAGAGUAACAGAAGAUGAGGAAUAUCUGAAAGUCGUGUUAAGUAACAACAGGAUGCAAGGAGCCAUCCUCAUUGGAGAAACUGACAUGGAGGAAACGUUUGAAAACCUCAUUCUUAACCAAAUGGACCUCACCUGUUUUAAGGAAAACCUUUUGGAACCUGGAAUUGACGUGGAUGAUUUUUUUGAUUAAAGCUUAUUGUUUUUAUUAUUAUUA